CUCAGAUCAACUUCUCGUUUUGAUUUAGGUCGAGACACACUUUAAAUCAGUUUUCGACGCUCUAUGUCCAGGUCCCGUGCAAAUCGCACCCACUUUGAACAAUAUCAUUAGUUGUGGGGUACGGAUCUAGGUUCCCCGCACCGGUUACGAUCACGGUAAUUAUGGCAACAUGGAGGCUUCUUAACGCUGGUGUGUCAAUGAUGCAGCCAGUCUCAUAAAGAGAGGAGAGAAAGGAACAAAAGUACGCUCUCAACUUCACCAUGACCCUACUAUCUUACGGUGUCCUUUUCUACAUUCCGUUUAUUUACGCCUCACUACCGAGCCCCAAUGAUACCAGUAUCUCUACACGCGAUGUCAGUGGCUCUACAUCCAACUGUAACACCAGAACCUUGUGGGACAUCAUAUGGGGCUGCACUGCGACCUUGUUCGCAUGUACGUGGACUGUAAUCCAUCCAAACAUCCCAGGUAUAGACGACGGUAAAUUUACCGUCGCCUGUCGUCGUCUAUGUAUCAUGAUCAUAGCGUUAGUCGCCCCAGAACUUAUGAUCACCUGGGCCGCGCGGCAAUUUUUUAGCGCUCGCGCAGCUGCAAAUGACAUUAGAGGAUGGACAAUGACUCACGGGUUCCUCGCAUGGAUGGGUGGGUUCUUGCUCUACGUCAAUGGCAUGCCGCGAGCCACUCUUACACCCGAUGAACUCCUGCGCUUUGUUCAUGAGGGAUCCGUGGACAUGCCUGUCAUCACGGAGGCAGACAUAGAAGAUCGAAGCAGGGGUGAUGUACUAUCCAAAGGCGUCGUCAUUCUUCAGCUGGUGUGGUUCGUCCUCCAGCUUGUCGCCCGUCACGCCCAGAACCUUCCCAUGACGCUGCUUGAAAUCGACACCCUGGCUGUAGCUGCUCUGACCUGCGUUCCCUAUGGCCUAUGGUGGAAGAAACCUAAGGAUAUAGGACGUCCUUAUGCUGUUCAUUGGAAAGCAACUAGACCUCCGCCAAGCGACUUAACCUACGAGUACGUCAUGAGCACUCUUGCUUGAAAUCAUUUCAUGUCGCUUGCAUUCUAGCCAAGCAGAUCCAUCAUUGUCUGAUGGAAGCUGGUUCUUUUCUCUCAUCUAUCCCUUUAUUAGCGUUAUGGGUUUGGGAUCAUUCUGUUCGCUUGGUGCUGUCCAUUCGCGUCGAGU